AUGGGUUUCCUUACUGAACUGCAAUAUGCGGGCAUGGUGUUUUGGCGUAUCCUCUUUCCGAGCGGAACGUUCAGAGCAGACCAGAUAUCCGACCUCGCAGGGCGUGUGGUGAUCGUUACAGGUGCGUUGGCUCUAGUAUACCUAGCAGCAAGGAGUAAGUCCAAGGCAGAAGAGGCCAUCAAAGGCUUGAAGGAGGAGACCGGCAAAGAGGCCAUUUUCCUGGAACUGGACCUCGGGAAUCUCGCGGCCGUACGCAAAGCAGCAGAUGAAUUCUUGAGCAAAGAGCACGAGUUACAUAUCCUGUUCAAUAACGCCGGUGUCAUGGUGCCUCCCAUUGAUAUGACAACCGCCGAUGGCUACGACUUACAGUUUGGAACUAAUGUCGUCGGUCACUUCCUGUUCACCGAACUCCUCAUGCCUGCACUGCUCGCUGGUGUACAGACGUCCCCUGAUCACCACGCGCGCAUCAUCACGACUUCUUCGUCAGCUGCUAUGUUUGAUACCAUCCAUUGGGAAAGCCUGAAGGACGGCCCUGCGCGUCGUAAGCUGAGCACUAGUACGCUAUACUCCCAGAGCAAAUUUGCAAACGUCGUGGUGGCGCGGCAAAUCGCUAAGCGGUACGCAGACAAGGGUAUUAUCUCCCUCUCCUUGGACCCGGGAGGUAUCAAGACUGACUUACAACGCCACGUACGCGACCGUGAAGGUCUAGUCGGGAUGGACUUUACGCUGCGCCCUGCGCCCUUUGGCGCGCUGACGCAGCUGUGGGCGGGUACCAUGCCCGAGGCAGUGAACCACAAUGGCGAGUAUCUGGUCCCCACGGCGAGGGUUGCACCCUGCAGGUCGGAAGCAUACGAUAAUGCACUUGGCGAGAGGUUGUGGAAUUGGCUCGAGGAAGAGGUGAAGGCUUAUAAGCAGUAG